AUGGCGCCGCUGCAGCGUUGCACUGACAUCGAUGAUGUCGGGCAUAAGUACCAUCUGGAAUUGGUGUUAGAAGACAUCCUUGACAAAGACAGUACUGUUAACUGCACUGCUGAGGUUCUUUAUCAUCUGGGCAACAAAAACAUUGCUCCAGAUGUGCAAUUCACAAUUGAAGGAGAACUUAAGAACACAGAUGAAGCAGAUAACAUAUUCUACAAUCGAAUCAAGAGCCUGGAAAAAGAGCUUGUGGCAGAAAACAUACCAGACAGCCAUGGCAACGUGUCCCCAGAAAUGGAGCCCAUCCAUCUGCUAGCGUGGGUCGCCUCUGGCUAUGUCAUAUGGCAGAACUCAACCGAAAACACCAAGUUCCAACUUGCCCAAAUUAAACAUGUGAAGCAAGUGAAAAGAAGUGAUGAGUAUCUUGAAUUUGACUACUUGAUUCUACUUCACGAAAUGGUGUCUCAGGAGAUCAUUCCCUGGCAAAUGACAGUUCUCUGGCACCCACAGCAUGGCGUUCAAGUAACACAGGACAGCCGUCAGCCAAAACAUGCAUCGGAGUAACAGGUCACCUGAUAUUGCAAUGGAAGGAGCUGAAAUGCUCCAGUAAGCGUUUGAAGGGAGGGCAGAUAAGUUGAUGAGGGUGGAUAUGCAAUCAAGGUACAAAGAAAAAAGUCCUUCCUCAAUUAAACUUUUCCUAUGCAUUGAGCUUUGAUCUGAUAAUCCAGAAGGCACUUUGCCUGCUACGUAACCAAAUUCUGCAUCAAAAUAAAUUUUAAAAACUUCUGUUGCCAGAAUGGA